AUGGCGCCGACAAACUCCAAAGCAAACUACAAGACGUACGAGGCGCAAGCCCGUAUGGUCAGGGCCAUUGUCGCCGCCCACCCGGACGUCAAAUGGAACUACAAAGAAAUCGUCGCCUGCUACGGCUCAGACAUGACCGAGCACGCGCUCAACCACCGCUUCCGCCGGCUCAAAGCCCAGGCCUUGAUUAUCCGCGAAGGACGCUCCCGGGGCUUCGACAUGAAGCACCUCUCCGUCGAGGAUAACAUGCCCGCGGCCCAGGACGCAGUCGACAAGACGAGUACGCCCCCCCCUGACGCCCCUUCCACACUUGCUCCCUCUUCUUUCCAGCUCUCGUCAGCCCUCCCGAGUCCAGAGCUCCAGGAGCUAACCCGUUGCGCAGAUAUAGCCAAGUACUUUGGCCAGUCGACGGCGGACGGGAUCCAGUUCCAGUUCCGCGGCAUCAAAAAGGACGCCGACCAGCUGCGCCAGACGCACUCGUCCGGGGGCGACGUCGCAAACUGCCUCUCGCUGCCGCCGGGCACCUCGACGCCCACCAAGGCGGCCCGCACGCCGGGCAGCCGCAAGCGCCCGCGCGCCGAGCCCAAGCCCUCGUCUCCCGAGCCCUCGGACAACGAGGAGGACUGGAGCGACAGGGACGAGUCGCCGUCGAAGCGCGCCUCGAAGCGCGCCCCGGCCCAGAAGAACGGGGCGCGCAAGGCUGCGGUCCGGGCGAGCGCCACCAUCGCCGCUGGCUCCGCGCUCGACUCGGACUCGGACGUGGUGCUCGUCAAGCCCGAGUCGCAGUACCAGACUAUUUUUGGCGGCGACGCCGCCGCCGCUUCCACCUCGUCGACUGCUUCUGUCGCCGGCGCAUUCACCGAACGCGCUACCGAUCCCGUCUUUUCCACUGCCUUUGGGGCGAACCUUUAUUUGGGCAGUUUCGAGGAAGCUAUAGACGCGUAUGGCGACGGGGAGAUUUGA